UUUGCCCAAACUAGUCUUUCUCAUUUUUGAGACUGAAUCUAAGUAGAAGGCCAAGAGAAAAUGGCGCAUUACCAUAACGACUAUAAGAAGAAUGAUGAGGUGGAGUUUGUCCGAACUGGCUACGGGAAGGAUAUGGUAAAAGUUCUCCGUAUUCAGCGAGAUGGAAAAUUUCACAGCAUUAAAGAGGUGGCAACUUCGGUGCAACUUACUCUGAGCUCCAAAAAAGAUUAUCUACAUGGAGAUAAUUCAGACAUCAUCCCUACAGACACCAUCAAGAACACAGUUCACGUCUUGGCAAAGUUCAAAGGAAUCAAAAGCAUAGAAACUUUUGCUAUGAAUAUCUGUGAACAUUUCCUUUCUUCUUUUAACCACGUCAUCAGAGCUCAAGUCUACGUGGAAGAAGUCCCUUGGAAGCGUUUUGAAAAGAAUGGAGCUAAGCAUGUCCACGCAUUUAUUCAUACUCCCACUGGAAUGCACUUCUGUGAGGUUGAACAGAUGAGGAGUGGACCUCCAGUCAUUCAUUCAGGAAUCAAAGAUCUCAAGGUCUUGAAAACGACCCAGUCUGGAUUUGAAGGAUUUAUCAAGGACCAGUUCACCACCCUCCCUGAGGUGAAGGACCGGUGCUUUGCCACCCAAGUGUACUGCAAGUGGCGCUACCGGGGCAAAGACGUGGACUUUGAGGCUACCUGGGACACCAUUCGGGACAUUGUCCUGGAGAAAUUUGCUGGACCCCAUGACAAAGGCGAGUACUCACCCUCGGUCCAGAAGACCCUCUAUGACAUCCAGGUGCUGUCCCUGAGCCGGGUUCCUGAGAUAGAAGACAUGGAAAUCAGCCUGCCGAACAUCCACUACUUCAACAUAGACAUGUCCAAAAUGGGACUGGUCAACCAGGACGAGGUAAGAACUUUAAAAAUAUUUAAAGCACAUCUACCCUCCCCCCGCCCUCCUUAUAAACUUGGGUUGAUAAUGUCACUGACCAAAACUCUUGAGAGCCAUUGCUUUUGGAGUAUUUAUAGUUGCCACUGAGGAGAGCCCUGACUC